AUGGGGGAUAGAGCUUCUUCAGUCACUGUGAAUGUUACUGGAUCCAUUGAGGACGAGCAGGAAAGCAAACUUAAGGCAAAGUACCCAGGACUCAACCGUCAGGGUGUUGGAUCCCUGAUUCUACAAAAGCGACUAAACCGUGGACAUAAAUACUUUGAUUCUGGUGAUUACAAUAUGGCAAGAGCGAAAAUUCUACAACAGCAAAAACAUGUACUCCCUCCUCAAACAGAAGAAGCCAUUCUACAUGAGUCAACUGGUGAGACUAUGGCCACGCCCGAUAGUGUACCAGCUGUUCGCAAAAAAUCCAUCCUAUCUCUAGCUAGUACAGACUCUGUUAACCUGUGA